CUCAGAGCGCUAUUAGUUGCCUUGGUCAGGCCAAGGACCAAGGUCCAGGAACUGUGGCAACUUUUGAUUUCAACUUUGCAAGCACCAAUUUGCGCUUUGUCCUCCUUUCUUUCGUUCUUUCGUUCUUCCGUCCAAUCACUCAACAUUACACUUCCAAGCACUCCCAGCGCUGUGCUACCGUAGGAGUUCCAAGAUCUAUUUAGAAGCCCGCUCUAUGCCAAUUGGCUGUGUGCCGCAGGUCUAUCUUACAGGUCACGAGUCGCUCAAUUUUUCUCUUGUCCGAGCAAAGCCAAGCGCCCGCCAGAGGUAGUUUAUUGACUGCCAUACCUUUCUCUUUCGCCAAGGAUGCUGAGUGGAUCAAAAGGCAUGAAGUACGGGCUCCAGCUGCCAGCAGGCAAAAAGAGGGCAGCUGAUGUCAGAACGGCGAAGCCAAAAGCUGUCUCGCUCAAGAAGCCCGCAAUUUUUGCAGAGGAGAGCGAUGAAGAGGACGUGGAAGCAGAGAUUGCGCGGCAGGCCGCCAAGAAGAGGAGCGACAAAGAGCUGGAGCAGCAGCAUGCGGCGGCCUUGAAAGAAGACCCCAACGUGUUCGAUUACGAUGGGGUAUACGACCAAAUGAAAGAAGCGCAAGCAAGGCCCACUGAGCAGCAGCAGGCGCAGCGCCAGCCUAGGUAUAUUGAGGCGUUGCUCAAGAAAGCAAAAGAGCGGGAGCGGACGCAAGAGAUGGUCAUGGAGCGCAAGAUCCAAAAGGAGCAGGCGGCCGAGGCGCAUCUGUACGGUGACAAGGAGAAGUUCGUGACGGGCGCGUACAAGCGCAAGCUGGCGGAGGACGCCAAGUGGCGCGAGGAGGAGCGCCGGCGGGAGGAAGUAGAGGCUGCGCAUGAUGUUACGGCUAAGACCGACUUGAGCGACUUUUACCGCAACCUGCUCAACAAGAACGAGGCGUUUGGGGCUGGCGCUCGAAGCAUCGCCGUGCCUGCUCGGGAGACGCCCCCGAGCACUGCAGCGGACAAUAGAGCGACUGCUCAAGAGAGAGCGACAAACGACGUGAACGACGAUACCACGCAAGAGUCCAAGGAAGCGCUUGAAGAUCCUAUGGGCGCUGCUAGGAAAAGCUCGGAAAGCGAGAGCUUGAAAGAACGGAGUUUAGAAAGAGAAAGGGAGCGAAUACGUGAGGUGAGCGACGGAGGGCAGGAGGGUGCGCAACUAGAAUCGGGAGAGGAACAGGCUGGAAACGUGGUGUCCCACAAGCAAAAGGGCUCACAAGAUGUUCGUACAACACCGGGUGUCAAUGAGGAGCGUGGGGCUAGUUCGGAGAGGGCAACGAAGACAGAUGCGGUAGCCGAGGCAAAAGCUAGGUACCUAGCAAGGAAGAGACAAAGAACUUGACAUUAGUCUGGCAAUCCUACAAUCGGCGAAGCCAUCCAGGUCAGAAGUUGGGUCUAACACUGAACCGUUGAAUUAUAUGAUGAGCAUGUGAAGUAACAUAGACGCAUGGAUCACGUUUUACUACUUAUUUCCUGCUUGCUUUUGGG